AUUUAUUCUCUGAGUACUGUUGAACCACAAAAUCUACCUGCUGUCUUUGUUCAGUUUGUAGAGAAAUAUGGAAACAUUUUCACCAUCAGAAUCUUUGGUGGAAGAACCGUGGUCAUUAAUAGCUACAAGUUUGUGAAAGAAGCCCUGGUCCAACAAGGAGACGACUUAAUAGAUCGUCCCACUGUACCACUGUUUGAAGAUUUAUUUGGGAAUGAAGGUCUUGUGAUAUCAAAUGGUUACCCAUGGAAGCAGCAGAGGAGAUUUGCUCUUCAUACACUCAGAAACUUUGGUCUGGGCAAGAAGAACCUGGAGUUAUACAUCCAGCAGGAGUGCCAGUAUCUCUCAGAGGCUUUCACAGAACACCAAGGAAAGCCCUUUAAUGUCCAGCUACUGAUAAAUAAUGCUGUGUCGAAUAUCAUCUGCUGUUUGGUGUUUGGGAAUCGAUUUGAGUACACUGAUCAGCAGUACCAGUCCAUUCUUCAUAACUUCAAUGAAGUUAUGCGCUUACAGGGAAGCAUGUCGACACAGAUGUACAACAUAAUUCCCUGGCUGAUGAAGUGGCUACCUGGACCUCAUAAGACAAUGUUCACUCUGACACAAGUGAUAAAGGACUUCAUAGAUAUCAGGAUCAAAGACCACAAAGAAACCCUUAACCCAGCGUCACCGAGAGACUAUAUUGAUGCUUUUCUUAUAGAAAUGGCAAAGAACGAGGAGAACGAUUCAAGUUUUUCUCUCAGUACCUUACACGCUUGCACCAUGGACCUGUUUUUUGCUGGAACUGAAACUACUACCACUACUUUACGUUGGGGGUUGCUUUACAUGAUCUACUACCCUGAUAUA